CUUGCGAGUUCGCUCUGAUUACAUAUAUAUUUUCGAAACCAGAAAGGACCCUCGAUCGAGAUCUAAUAAAAGUCGAUUGAGCUGAACAACUCGAUCGCACUAUCUCUUCUGUCCUUCACCGCCCAAGCUCAGGAGCUCCUUUCUAACUCCCUCCUCUCCUUCCACGUACGGUGCAUGGUCCGCCACUUACCCAUAGAUCUCCACCACCGCCGCCUAUAACUCCUACCUUGCCUACAGUACCACCCCUCCACCAAGAUGUUACCGUUUCCUAAUCCCCCAAACCUCAUGGAAAGGUCAGUUUCUGGGCAACUGGAGCUAAACCCUCCUCCACCUGAACCGGACCAUCCCACCUCUUUCUUCCCGUUCUCAAUCCCCAACUCGAACUCCGACAGCCUUCAGGAUCUCCUCUCCGCCCACCUCAUCCUUCCCUUCGCUGCUUCCAUGGCCACCACCCCACAGCCGCCCCCUCCCGAUCCAUCUAUCAACAUUAAUUCCAUGGCCACCAUCGCACCACCAACGAAGAGCAGAAGAGUGGUGAGAAAAGACAGGCACAGCAAGAUAGUCACUGCGACGGGGCCGAGGGACCGAAGGAUGAGACUCUCCCUCGGGGUGGCCCGCCAAUUCUUUGACCUCCAGGACAUGCUUGGCUUUGACAAGGCCAGCAAGACGGUCCAAUGGCUCCUGACCAUGUCCAAAGCAGCCAUUAAGGACCUCGCCGCCGCCUCCCGACGCCGAGCCCGUGCCUUCAGCAAUGAAAGCCCCAAGAAUGACUCAUCCACGUCCGAGUGCGAGGAUGUCUCCACUGUCUCCGACCACAAGGGCAAGUCUUCACAGAUGGCAGCUACUUCCGGCGAAGCAAAGAGGGGCAGGGCGAAAAGAGCUGCUGUUAGACCCUUGAGGAAAGCAGCAUUCAGUCCGAGAACAUCUAGAGAAACUAGGGCCAAGGCAAGGGCUAGGGCAAGGGAGAGGACACGAGAGAAGAAACGGAUGAGCAGCGCAAUGCUGAAGGAUGGUGAAAAAACGAACCACUGGGCAUCCUCCUCGCUCCCUUUUGACAAUAUUGAGGAGGAAUCCGGUUGUCACGACCUGAAGUCAUCGCUAGACUUGGUGGCAGAAGUGGAAGAGAGAUGCUCUUCCACGCCAAAUCAGUGCGACAAUUAUGUCGAGGAGCAAGCCCAAGAGGUCCGGUUGGCGGCUGGAUCAGUCCCAAUUUCUAUCUUGGACGACUAUGGCCACAGCAUCGUGGGCAUCAACGACACGGUUGGCAUCUUCCAAGAGCAAUGGGAUAUGGAAAAAGUCCUGCUGCAGGAUGAUGUACAGUUCCACUCCAGGCCAUGGGAGGCCUUCAACAGCAGUAGUCCCAUUGCCUGA